AUGGCACAUGUAGUCAACCUCCCGGUUGAAGUGAUCUUACUGAUCUGCGCUGACCUUUCAAACGCUAAUAUCAAAUCGUUCCGUUUAACAUGUACCCGGAUCAGUCGUAUCGCCCAGCUACGGCUCACCCGCGUGUUCCUAUCCGCCGACCCAACAAAUAUCAGAGUCUUUCGCGCCAUCGCAGACCAUGAAAAGUACCGGGAGCAAAUCACUGAAAUAAUUUACGACGAUGCACGCCUCACUCAUUCGCGACUGUCUUCCAGCACAGGAUUUGGGAAACCAGAAUGGGAUAAAGCUGUCACCAUGAGCACCGAAGGCUGCCCAGAGUGGUUUGCCAAGGUUUGUCACCAAAACAUCGCGCACCUGGCUAUCCACAAGGGACAAGAUGUAGACCUGCCACAUCAUAUCGCGCGGGCAAAUCAAGUCAACGCUCAACUACCACUGGGAAUAUGCUGGCAAUAUUACAAAAAUCUCAUCCAACAGCAGCACGAAGUGCUCAUUUCAAAGCAGCAUGAGGAAGCGUUUCUUUACGGUUUGACACGCUUCCCCUCCCUCACGCAGGUAACUAUUACUCCUGCUACACAUGGAUUGGUAUUUGCUCCACUGUACGAAACACCCAUGAUCCGCGCCUUUCCCUAUGGGUUCAAUUACCCUAUUCCACACGGGUGGCCAGUAGAAGGAAUUGGGUCAUCGCUCUGGGAAGAUGACGAAGAACGCUAUAAGGAUAGAUGGCAUGGAUUUCGCAUGGUUACGCGGGUACUGGCUCAAGAAGCGUCGCACCGUGUCACAGAGCUGUUGAUCGACGUCAAUGGACUCCCCACGGGGCUGAAUAGCUCGAUAUUCUAUACCCCUAGGAGCGAGGAAUAUAAAAAUUUGGUCACGAUUCUUUCCAAACCGGGAUUUCGGCGUCUUGAUCUUGCCCUCUCCGUCGGGGACCAGGAACACCCGAAUUACGAUUGGAUUGCUUUCCGGACUCGCUACCUUUCGGAUAUGUUAAGCGAAGCCGAGGAACUCGAGCACAUUAAUCUAUUUACGACUCUCGGGAUGGAUUCGGACCAUAGUCUUGGUUCAGAGGUACCCGGGGGUGGCGGCUCGAUGGCGCACUUCAUCCCGUUGCAAAAGGUCUUCCCCGUCUCUGACUGGAACAAGCUAAGGCACUUCCAAUUAUCACGGUUUAUGGUAACCCAAUCCGACCUUAUGGGUCUACUAAUAAAUAUAUCGGCCACUAUCCAGACCGUGUCGCUGAAUUUCCUAACCUUUCUGGAUAAUGGCGGGGACUACCAUUCGCUCUUAAACGAGAUCCGGGAUACCUUGAAAUGGCACGAGCGAGAGCCCGCCUUCCGACCAAAUUUGAUCAUUAGAGUGGAUGUGGAUCCUCCAUAUAUAGGGAAAGAAAUUUGGGUCGAAAAGCAAAUCCACGAAUUUCUCUACGAGGGCGGGAGAAACCCCUUCCUUGCCGACUGUCCGAACCGAAUUAAGGCCGGCAUGGGCAUGCAAAGGGUGACUUUCGAGGUUGUGCAUGAGCGACCAUACCGGCGAUCUGCAUUACUAUCAAGGCCAAGUAUCCACGUGCCUCCCAAAAUAUGUACAUGCUUCAUUAAAUGCUAG